AUGGAGCAAAGAUUGUCUGAAUUGGAGAGUAAUAAUAGUAAUAAUGAGGAUGAUAACUCUUACAUUUAUUUAAGCCGAAAGCAGUUAGAACAGAUAGUUGAUGAAGCUACCAAGAAGGCAAAAUCUGAAGAUAAAGGACAAUUUGAUGAGAUAAAAGGAGUGGUGCAACAAUUGGAAGAGGAAGUUGAGAGAUUAAGAGCAGAAGUUCAAGAGUUGAAAAAAGAAAGGAGUGAUAAUAAUUCUGGAUAUUCAGAAUUUUCAGAUUAUUAUUUAGUCAAAAAAGAAAGUGAAUUAAAAUAUAAAGAAAAGAAAUUAGAACAUUUGCUUAAUCCUCCUCAUGAUGGUGCUAAAGCUAAAGUUGAACUUUAUUUAGAAAAGCAUAAAAAAACUCUAAAUCAUUUAGUUAUUAACAACUGUCCCCAACUUAGUAAAAUAAUCAGCCAUUAUAUUAUGCAGAUUGAACAAUUUUCAUUAACUAAUUGUCCUCAAUUAUGUUCUCUUCAUUUUAGUAUGGUUGGUUUAAGAAGGAUAACUGUUAAAGAAUGCCCUAAUCUUAAUUGUUUAAAUUUAGCAGGCAAUGAGUUGACUAAAUUAGAUCUAAAAGAAUUGUCAGAAUUAAAGUGGUUAAUUGUGAAUGAUAAUCAAUUAAAGGAGUUAGAUAUUAGCAAGAAUACUAAAUUAAGAAAAUUUGUUUGUGACAAUAAUGUUCAACCGAUUAAAACUUUGCAACAAAAAGAAGAAAGACUAAUUACUGAUCUGAAUAAUUUAAAAGAGUCUUUAGGUAAAGCAAGAGAAGAAAUUAUUGAAUACAGACUUAAAAGUAAGGAAGAAAAAUUAGAUGAUUUUGUCCAAAAAUUAAAAAUUAAUCGUGAAAAAGUUCGUGAUUUAAUUAAGGCUUAUAAAAAACUUGUUAAAACACAAAUGCAAGAAAAUUUUAAUUACAAUGUUGUUAUGUCAAUGGAAGAUGAAAUUGAAAAAAUUAGGGAUGAAUUACUAAAUAAACUAGAAGAGUUGUAUCAAAGGCAAUUUGAGCAAAGACAAGAAAUUCCUCCUCAUCAGCAUUAG